UCAACCCCCCGAUCAUCUAAUCUGAACCCUCUCCGUAGAGGACCGGAGACGCGCCCUGUCCUUCGUCUCGUGCCGUGAGAGCCGAAAAUGCGUCAGUGCUGGUGGGUGUUCGCGCUCGGGGUGGUGCUGCCCCUGGCCACCUCCUUCAUCACUUAUACGUUCGUGUCCAUGGGCAUCGACGCCCUCGAGGUGGGCGAGACGGGCGCCCUGCUCAUCAUCCUCACCCUCGUCAAGCUGAUGCUUCUGAGUACCCAGGGCAUUAUCCCUGUGAACGUCAACGAACUCAUGGAGGACAAAUUCGGCAGAGAGGAGAGAUCGACGCGCGUGGUUUUGAGAAUAAAUAACAGCACGGUGUACCAGGUGCCUGAGGUCCAACAGAUGCCCUGCACGCGAAGGUUCCUGUGUGAGCUGGAGACCAUAGCAAGGACGAGCGAUAGUUACAUGCCAAAGGAACCCGAGGCACUCAACGGCAGGAUUUUAGAAGAGGAGGUGGCACCGGAAGAGGUCGACCCGCUGGCGGAGAUGCAGAUCGAGGCGGUGAGGGCCCUGUAUAGGGAAGAGGAUCCCACAGGAGAGCUGUCGGUUCGAGGGAAGCGAGCGCUGGCUGUUGUGGAGGGACUGACAGGAUCCACGUGUGAGACGGCGUACAGACUCUGCCCCGGAAGGUUCGCUGCUCCUCGGAUAUACUGGACCAUCUUCGAGGAAAUCAACCUGGUG